AUGCUACGAAUCGCCCGAACCCUUAACCGGAGUCCCCUGGCCUCUCCCCUGGCCCGGGGCAUCCACCAAUCGACCCCCAAAACCAACCCUAGCCCUCUGCUGUCCUCAACCCCUACCCAGUAUUCGUCCAUGAAAGUUGCUUCUCUCAAGGACGAGUGCCGACGACGGGGACUGCGAUUGGGUGGCCGAAAGGCUGACCUAAUCGAACGACUCGCGUCACAUGACUUUUCCACUGUUAGUAAGCGGGCCGUUGUCUCGACUCCUAACCCCGUCGCUGCCCCCGCCCAGACCGCAACCGCUGCCGGCGCCACAGCUACCCUAACCCGUGUCCGGCUGAUUACAUCUUCGGCCCCUACCCUGGCCCAGGGAGAUACCUCCACCAUCGACUUUUGCAAGCUGCCUCACACCGGUAUGCCCGCCGAUGCGCCCCGAAUCAAGAUUCCUACUUCGCCCGAUGCUUACGGCGAGGUGGCCCGAUACGGAUCCCACGCGAUUACUAAUGACCGAAAGGUUGCUGAGUCAGUGGCCGAGGACGAGCUGCACAGUAAGCAGCCCCAGGAGAUCCACUACGCGUCCGGUCACGUGGUCCGGUCGUUUGCCGGCGACCACUCGUCCGAGACUGGUGACCACGACUUUUCCACCAACGACAAGCUUGUUUUGGGUGGCAUUGUCGGCGCUGUCGGUUUCUGGUGGUUUCUGGGACUCGAGGGAAAGGUGGAGUAG